UGAUGUUUAGAGAGAAAGGAAACUGAAACGACUUCUCCAGACAUAAAAGGCUGGCUGUGGUGCCUCAGAGUCCCCAGUCCGACACCCGAGUUCCCCGGAGCUUGGGCUCUGGGCUCCGCCUUGGGUCUUCCUCCAUCCGCUCCCUGCCAGGCGCUCAGCUCAGGCUGAUCCGACGGAGCAGGUCGGGGUCCCUGCGUUGGGUUGCAGAGUGAGGAGCAGCAGGUUGCGGGAUGUCUCUAGGGAGGGCACCUGGAGGUCUGUCAUUUUCCUUAAUAACUGCCAAAGUAUAAAAUAUAUUUUCUAUAUCAGAUAUUUGGCUGUUCAGGUUGGAGUCACAGUUACCAGCAAAAUGGAAAAAUACACAUUGGUUUUAGAGUACUUGUCACAGUUAAUUUUGGAUGAAAUGCCAAAAGCUGACUAUUCCAGUUUAUUCAAUGAUUUUGUUGAAUCUGAAUUUUUUCUGAUUGACGGCGAUUCCUUACUUAUCACAUGUGUAUGUGCGAGAUCGUUAAAGCAGGGGCAGAAUCUGCACUUCUUCUAUUUGGUUGAGCACUAUCUUGUGGAUCUAAUUAGUAAAGGAGGACAAUUUGCCGUAGUUUUCUUCAAGGAUGCUGAGUAUGCAUAUUUCAGCUUCCCUGAGCUUCUUCCUUUGCGAACUGCUCUAAUUCUUCACCUUCAGAAGAAUACCACUGUUGACGUGAGAACUGACUUUUCUGGAUGCCUAUCAGAAGAGUGGGAAACGUUCUUGGAAGAGAAUUAUCCGUAUUUCCUGAUUGUUGCAGAUGAAGGCCUAAACUCUCUACAAACUCACCUUUUCAACUUACUAAUCAUUCACUCUUGGUCAAUGAAGAUCAAUGCUGUGCUUUUUUCAGGGCAAGCAUCUGAUAUUCUGCGACUCUAUGCAUACUUCAUGCCAAGCACUCACAAAAACCAGGAUCUUCUUAAGAAGAAUAAAGAGAUGAUUCAGGGUGCUUAUAAAACCCUGCUUAACCAAUUGGAAAUAAAGAGAGAUUUAGCAUUAACACCUCUUUUUGAAAAAUUAAAAUGGAAAAAUAUGAUGGAUGAGACACGUGAGACUCUAUCUUUGCUUAAGCAGUUCUGGCCAGAAGGAUCUGAUAUUCGACGUGUCCUUUGUGUUACUUCAUGUUCAUUGUCUUUGAGAAUGUACCAUCGCUUUUUAGAAAACAAAAAGGAAACCACAUCUGAUAAAAAAACUAGCAUCCCAAAGGAAAAGAAAAACUCCUUAGCUUUGAAGGAGAUGGAAGAUUUGUGUAAACUGUAUUGUCUCAGUGUGGUUUUUCUACUCCACUUACCUCUUUCUCAAAGAGCUUGUACUAGAUUCAUCACUUCACAUUGGAAUAAGGACAUUCACACUCUCUUACAAAUGAAGAAAUGGUGUGACUAUUUCAUUCUAAAAAAUAUACACAUGUUUGAAUUUUGGAAUCUAAACUUAAUUCACCUUUGUGAUUUAAGUGAUGAGCCUUUGUUGAAAAAUAUAGCUUUUUACUAUGAAAAUGAGGAUGUUCAAGGCCUACAUUUGAACUUGGGAACUAUCAUUACAAAAGAUUAUGAAUAUCUCUGGAACACUGUAUCAAAUUUGGUCAAAGAGUUUGAUGUUGGAAAACCAUUUCCUCUGAGAACAACAAAACUUCAUUUUCUUAGAAAGACUCCAUCACCAAUCAAAGACAGCUCCAAGAAAAAGAUGCCUAGUUUGGGUUUCAUUCCAAUGUCAUCUAAUUUGGUUGAUAAAUUUGCUGGAGACAUUUUAAGUGAUCUGCCUUUCCUAAAGAGUGAUGAUCCUAUUGUUACUUCACUGGUUAAACAAAAAGAGUUUGAUGAGCUUGUGCACUGGCAUUCUCACAAGCCCCUUAGUGAUGAUUACGACAGGACGAAGUGUCAGUCUGAUGAAAAAUCCAGAGACCCUCGCUAUCUGAAAUCUGUUCAAAAGUUUCAAGUUUAUCAACGACUUUAUGGGAAUUCAUUAGAAUCGGUCUCUUCAAAACUCAUCAUAACUCAAGCUACUAAGCCGAAGAAGAAUGUUUCUGAGCCCAAGAACAAAAAGACACAU